GCACUCAUCCCUCCCAGCCAGUGCCUGAGCCAGGCGGUGCUGUGCAGAAGCACCGGUUCGCUUGGCCUAAGAGCUGGCCCUACGGGCCCCCGGGGGGGAGGGGGAGCCCCGAAGCCCCCGCUGAGGCUGCCGCUGCUGGGCCUCCCCCUCCCCCCCACCCUCUCGGGGCAGGCACCAUGCCGGGGGCUCCGAAUGACGCGGAGCGGCGACAGCGCUGGGGUCGGCUUUUCGAGGAGCUGGACCGAAACAAGGAUGGCCGCGUGGACGUGCACGAGUUGCGCCAGGGACUGGCAAGGAUGCGUGGAGGCGACCCAGAUCGCGGCACCCAACAGGACCUCUCCUCCAAGGAGGGAGAAGCCGAUGCAAGUGGCGGCCUCAACCUGGAGGAAUUCUCACGCUACCUGCAGGAGCGAGAACAGCGCUUGCUGCUCAUGUUCCACAGCCUUGACCGCAACCAGGAUGGUCAUAUCGAUGUCUCUGAGAUCCAGCAGAGCUUCCGAGCUCUCGGUAUUUCCAUCUCGCUGGAGCAGGUGGAGAAGAUUCUACACAGCAUGGACCGUGACGGCACAAUGACCAUCGACUGGCAGGAAUGGCGUGACCAUUUCCUGCUGCACUCACUGGAGAACGUGGAGGAUGUGCUGUACUUCUGGAAGCAUUCCACAGUCCUGGACAUCGGUGAAUGCCUGACAGUGCCAGAUGAGUUCUCGAAGCAGGAGAAGCUGACGGGUAUGUGGUGGAAGCAGCUGGUGGCUGGUGCGGUGGCAGGCGCCGUGUCCCGCACAGGCACAGCUCCUCUGGACCGCCUCAAGGUCUUCAUGCAGGUCCACGCCUCAAAGGCCAACCGGCUCAACAUCCUAGGGGGCCUCCGGAGCAUGGUCCAGGAGGGGGGCGUCCUCUCCCUAUGGCGGGGCAACGGCAUCAAUGUGCUCAAGAUUGCGCCAGAGUCAGCCAUCAAGUUCAUGGCCUAUGAGCAGAUCAAACGGGCCAUCCGGGGACAGCAGGACACACUGCACGUGCAGGAGCGCUUUGUGGCUGGCUCCUUGGCCGGUGCCACGGCCCAAACCAUCAUUUACCCCAUGGAGGUGCUGAAGACGCGGCUGACCCUGCGGCGGACCGGCCAGUACGCGGGGCUGCUGGACUGCGCGCGCCGGAUCCUGGAGCGGGAGGGGCUCCGCGCCUUCUACCGCGGCUACCUGCCCAACGUGCUGGGCAUCAUCCCCUAUGCCGGCAUCGACCUGGCCGUCUACGAGACCCUCAAGAACCGGUGGCUCCAGCAGUACAGCCAGGAAUCGGCCAACCCGGGGAUCCCCGUGCUCCUGGCCUGCGGCACCAUCUCCAGCACCUGCGGCCAGAUCGCCAGCUACCCCCUGGCUCUGGUCCGGACCCGAAUGCAGGCUCAAGCCUCCAUCCAGGGCGCCCCGCAGCUCUCCAUGAUGGGUCUGCUGCGGCACAUCCUGUCCCACGAGGGCGUGUGGGGCCUCUACCGGGGCAUCGCCCCCAACUUCAUGAAGGUCAUUCCAGCUGUGAGCAUCUCCUAUGUGGUCUACGAGAACAUGAAGCAAGCCCUGGGGGUCACGUCCAGGUGGAUCCCACAGCUCCCUGUACCGCCCCCUGGAUCCUGGACCCCCGUCUUGGCACUGGAUCCCCGACCACUGGAGCACACGUCCUCCGUACCUCAUCACUCGGCCCCCAGAUCCCUCAGGCACCAGAUCCAGACCCCUUGUACAGCACUGGGGCCUCGAUCCCUACCCCCUGGCAAGUCGCAGAUGGCCGCGCCUCAAGCCCUGAAUCUCCAGGCUCAGCCACUGGAUUCUGGAUGCCACCAAACCUCAGCUACAGGAUCUGACAAUGCAGUGCCUAGAUCCUGGGGCCCCCACUGGAUCCCAGAUCCCCCUGCACCCGACCACUGGAUUCCUGAAUUCCAUUACCUUGACCCUAGGUCCUAAGACCUUCUGCUUUGACUGUGCAGUCCUACAUUUCCAGCACCCCACCCUCAGCUCCCAACUGACCAUUGACACCCAAGUUCCCAAUCCCCAAUACCACAGCCAGCUGAAGCUGCUGGAAUCCAGAGUCCAGACUCUACAUUCCUUCGCCCCAGGCACUGGCUACUGAGGUCUUACCCAUGGGGACACAUGCUAACCCUCCUGGGCACUGGGUCCCAAGCCCUUAACCCCUGCAUCCCAGAUCACACGCACGCACGCCAUCCUAGACACAGGCCUGCUCCCUGAAGGGUCACACGAUCAAGGCAGCCCCCGGGAUGCCCAGCCCCUGCUCCAGAAAACUCAGGCGAUCAGAGCUUUGGAAGGAAGGGUGAGACGUGGCUCCCAGAUGCCAGACCCCUACGCACCCCUCCACAAGCCCCCCCCCACAUUUGUCCUACUUUCCCUCCCUGUACAUAGUGUACCCUUAUGCCCCCCCCCCCCAGCCUCGGCUCUGGCAAACAGGCAGCCUGAGACGGUGUCGCAAUACGGGUUCCUCCCCCCCCCCUCAACACACUGCCAGCCCCUCCCCUCCGGGACUUCAAAGAUGAAUGAGCCGGGAGCAGAUCCGCAUAUCUAAGCCCCUGCAUCCCAGGAUGCAGAAACAAUCGAACAAAAAGCCGAACCCCCAAACUCACCUGUGGUCUAUUUUUCUACCAGAGAGAGGUGCAAAGAGCCCCCUUGCACCAGCCUGACCCCCCCAGCCCUCCCACCCCACACCUCUGCACUUUAGAAUUGUUCUGAGCUUAGAACUGGGCCCCCUUUUUCCUCCCAGUCCUUAGGGGACCCCAGGAAGGGACUGUGAAAGAGGGACUGGGAUGUCAGGGGGCUGGAGGACCCGUAAGGCUUCCACCUCCUUUACCUCCACCUCACCCCAUGCCCGGUCUGUGUGUGUUACUUAAAAGGAAACAAGAAAGAAAAACAGAAAGAAUAAAUUUUCUAAGCUCUU